AUGAUCGUGGACAAACUGCUGGACGACAGCCGCGGCGGAGAGGGGCCGCUGGACGCGGCCGGCGACUGCGGCCUCAUGACCAGCCCGCUCAACCUGGCCUACUUCUGCGGCCCGUCGCCGCCCGCCGCCGCCCCCGGCGCCUGCGACGGGGGCUGCUCGGCGUCUGGGCCCUCGGCGCCAGGCUCGCCGGGCUCUGACUCCUCCGACUUCUCCUCCGCUUCGUCCGUGUCCUCCUGCGGGGCGGUCGAGUCCCGGCCGAGAGGCGGCGCCCGCGCCGAGCGGCUGCAAGUUGAGCCCCAUAUGGGGGUUGUAAGGCAGCAGAGAGGACCCUUUCAAGGUGUUCGUGUGAAGAACUCGGUGAAGGAACUCCUGUUGCACAUCCGAAGUCAUAAACAGAAGGCUUCCGGACAAGCUGUCGAUGAUUUUAAGAACCAAGGUGUGAACAGAGAGCAAUUCACAGAUUUGAAGAACACAGUAUCAUAUAGUGGGAAAAGGAAAGGCUCUGAUCCUCUGUCUGAUGGACCAGCUUGCAAAAGAUCAGCUUUGUUACAUACCCAGUUUUUGACACCGCCUCAAACACCCACACCCGCAGAGAGCAUGGAAGAUGCCCAUCACAGCGACUCCAAGCAGGACAGCUGUGCCGAUCUGCUUCAGAACAUUAUCAACAUUAAGAACGAACGCAGCCCGGUUUCCCUGAACACUGUCCAAGUUAGCUGGAUGAGCCCCGUGGAGGCCUCUCAGGGGUCCCCCCACGAGCAGUGUCAGGAGCUCCACAGAGGGCCGGUCUUCUCUCCACCUCAGAAAUACCAGCCCUUCCAAGUCGGCAGCUCCCCACACGUGAUGGAUCAGGCUCCCGUGUACCAGUAUUCACCACAGAACCAGAGCGUGCAGCCGCCGCCCCAGCACUACGCCCACGGUCCAGCCCUGGAAUACAGCCCUUAUUCCAGAACUGCCCAGUCCCCCAGCUAUGAGCCACACUUGUUUGGUCGAGAACCACAGUUCUGCCUGGACCAGAGUUUUGCACACCUCCUAAGUGAUCCCCGGGAAUCUGAGAAUAUUGCCGUUCCCCCUCAGACUGUUCCCAGCGUUCAGCAGCCAGUUGACAACCACCUGCAGAAUUUCAACCUGAUGCCACCAGGUGCCUGUGAGGCCCUGGCAAGGCCGGGUGCAGGCUCUACCCCUUUAAGCACGCCGCUGCCCUUCCCGAACCUUGGCGGAAAUCCAAUGAACACCACACAGUUAGGAAAAUCAUUUUUUCAGUGGCAAGUAGAGCAGGAAGAAAACAAAUUGGCGAAUAUCUCCCAAGACCAGUUUCUUUCAAAGGAUGCAGAUGGUGACACGUUCCUGCAUAUUGCUGUUGCCCAAGGGAGAAGGGCUCUCUCCUAUGUCCUUGCAAGAAAAAUGAAUGCGCUUCACAUGCUGGAUAUUAAAGAGCACAAUGGACAGAGUGCCUUCCAGGUAGCAGUGGCCGCCAAUCAGCACCUUAUCGUGCAGGAUCUAGUGACCCUCGGGGCGCAGGUGAACACCACUGACUGCUGGGGGAGAACGCCCCUGCACGUGUGUGCGGAGAAGGGCUACUCCCAAGUGCUUCAGGCAAUUCAGAAGGGAGCAGCAGGGAGCAACCAGUUUGUGGAUCUGGAGGCAACUAAUUAUGAUGGCCUGACCCCUCUACACUGCGCAGUCUUGGCCCACAAUGCCGUGGUGCACGAACUCCAGGGAAAUCAACAGCCCCACUCACCUGAAGUUCAGGAGCUUUUGCUGAAGAAUAAAAGUCUAGUUGAUACAAUUAAGUGUCUGAUUCAAAUGGGAGCAGCAGUGGAAGCUAAGGACCGUAAAAGUGGCCGUACUGCCCUGCAUCUGGCAGCUGAAGAAGCAAACCUGGAACUCAUUCGCCUCUUUUUGGAGCUGCCCAGCUGCCUGUCUUUUGUGAAUGCAAAGGCUUACAAUGGGAACACCGCCCUCCAUGUCGCCGCCAGCCUGCAGUAUCGGGUGACGCAGCUGGAUGCAGUCCGCCUGUUGAUGAGGAAGGGAGCAGACCCAAGUACUCGGAACUUGGAGAACGAACAGCCAGUGCAUUUGGUUCCUGAUGGCCCUGUGGGAGAACAGAUCCGACGUAUCCUGAAGGGAAAGUCCAUUCAGCAGAGAGCUCCACCGUAUUAG